AUGAUCGCUCUGAUCGGCUCCGAUGGAAAACGCGCGUACGUACGACGGGCGAUCGCGAUGGAGGCAAGCCUCGUCCUUCGGGAACUCCUCGACGGCGAGGAGUUCUUUGAUCCCGAGCACGACCUCCCAAGUCGAGUCUACAACCCGAUGGAAUUCUUCCCCGUCGAGGAUCGAAAACCUCCUUUUUCCAAAGAAACCCUCCACGCGCCUUUAAACGACGAAAGUAGAGGGCAAGAGAAUGGAGGAGGCGCCGCGCUUUCCUCCAUCUCACGCGCGUGUGGGGAAGCCAGCCUCACGUGGGAUUGGAGUGAUGGCAAACGCGUGGAGGAGAUCCCUCGCGGCGGGGGUCCUCUCCGGGGGGAGGAGGCGAUGGAUUUUUUAUUCGGCGCUCAACCGGCCGCGGGAUCGCGGAUCUCCUCCGCCGGGGGGGAUCCCUCGCGCGCGAAAUCGGUGGAAGGGUGGGAUUUUCUCCUCCCGUUGGAAACGCCACGGAGUGGGAGCACCCUUGGAGGUGGAGGGGGCCCCUCGACGGAGUAUUUAGACGCGACGGAGGUGCCGUUUCCAUAUUUCAGCGGGGAGAUUCUCGAGCGGGUGUGUGCGCAUAUGACCGCGCACCACGAACUCCUCCCUGGGGAAGGCAAAGCGCCUUUCACUGUGCGUCUCGUGCGGUUUCGCGAGAUUCCACGGCCGAUGGUGCUUCCACUUACCGAAUAUCUCGAUCCGGUGGAUCAGGAAUUUAUCCAAGACUGGGAUGAAUCGACGACGGUGUGGAUGGUGAAGGCCGCGACGAUGUUGAAUUACGAGGCGCUGCUGCAAUUAGCCUCCGCGAAGCUCGCGUCGUACUUGUGUUAUAAGAAUAUCAACGGGAUCCGAACCCUCCUCCAGGCGGAGAGCGAUUUCGCGCCGAACGAGGAGGCGGAAAUCCGAAAAGAGCUCAUGGAGGAUGACGUGUUUAACUAA